ACGCUCGCACGCACGCUCGUCAGUCAGUCAGUCGCGUACGUACGCCGGCGGCCGGUCCGUCUCGUGUCCGCAAGUAGAGAGCCGUCUUCAAUCGCGCGCGCCUUUGCUAACCCUCGUGCUGCGUCCGCUCCGUCUAGUUCCGCCAGUCUCGUCUCUCGUCUCGCCGCCGUCGCCGCCUCUCGGCCCCGGGCCGGCCGUUAGCAGGAUACGCAGGAGACGCCAACCGGUCACGUGUGCGUGUCCACGCCGAGUGUUUUGUGCUGCCUUCGCCCACCGCGUAUUCCGUUCGCUUCCGCUUCCGGUCCGGCCGUGACUUCCGGCACGGUUUUACCGACGCUACAACCCUGUCAACGGCCGCCACCAUCCAGAUCCCUGCUGUUUUGGCACGUGGCUUCUCCAUCGUCUCGUUCGAUCGCCGUCACCACCUUAUUCGCGCUUUCGCUCGGACAACUACGACACACGCGGGACGCUUUCGUUUUCCGAUGACAUGUGGUUUUUACUUUGAUUUCCAUUGUUCAGCUGGUGACGAGGUCGUUACGAGCUAUGCCGUGGUAGCGGCGGUGCGGUGCCGGGAUGACUAACAGCCCUGGGGCCUAUCAUGUCGCCGCCGCUGCCGCCGAAAACAGCCGUAACAUUGGUCACGCAACUGCGACGUCAUCAUCGACAACAGCGCACGGACGACGCGGACACGCCGACUCCUCGCAUUACAUCAUGCCAGCAGAUCCGCAUAGUUGUUGCGAUCCCGCUCCGACCGUGCUGUCGGGUGCCGGCAUAUGCCUGAUCGUGUUGGGCUACACAAUGUUCGGCGCGUUCACGUUCAUGACGCUGGAGAACGGCGCCCGGGACAAUAGUGUGCAGCAGAUCCGCAGCAGCCAGCAGCAGCAGCAGCAACAACAGCAGCAGCAACAGCAACAGCAGCAACAGCAACAACAGCAGCAGCAACAGCAGCAGCAGCAGCAGCAACAGCAGCAACAGCAGCAGCAGCAACAGCAGCAGCAGCAACAGCAUCAACAGCACCACCAUCGCCAACAGCAGCCACUGCCACCGCAGUAUCAUCUAGGGCACAACGACAAGCUUAGGGCGCAGACGGUCGAGAAGCUGUGGAAGAUUACCGAGGACCUGAACAUACUGUAUCGGGACAACUGGACCCGGUUGGCCGAGCAGGAGAUACUCAAGUUCCAGGACUCGUUGAUCCGAAAAUACGGUGGACCCAACCAGUCGGAACACAGGCACCGGUGGAACUUCGCGUCGUCCUUCCUAUACUCGCUGACGCUCAUCACCACCAUCGGUUAUGGUAGCGUGACGCCGCAGACGCCUUGGGGCCGGGUGAUCACGAUCAUUUACGCGCUGAUCGGCAUACCGCUGAUGCUGCUGUACCUGUCGACGAUGGGCGAGACGCUGGCCAAGAACUUCCGGCGCAUUUACUCGAGACUGUGCUCCACAUCGCCAGGCCAUGACGACCGGCACGACGACGGCGCGGGCCGGGGCGGCCGGUCCAGCCACGAGCAUGACGGUGGCAAGCGGGCGCCGCUCAACACGGUGUCCAAAAACCACGUGGGCAGCGCGGCCGACUACUACCGGCACCGGUACGAGUUCGAGACGGUGUCGGGUGCGGCGGCGUACGCGGACGCGGCGGUGGACGUGCCGUGCGGCCCGGCCGCCAGUGGUAGCCAGAAGCGCGUGCCCGUGCUGCUCUCGUUGUCCGUGGUCGGCGCUUAUGUGGCGUUGGGUGCGUUCAUCUACCAGAAACUGGAGCGGUGGACGCUACUGGAAGGCUCGUACUUCUGCUUCACCAGCCUGGGCACCAUCGGGUUCGGUGAGCUCAUGCCCGGUGGCGUCGAGUCCACCAAGGACGUAUCCGUGUUCGUGUCGUCCGGCUACAUACUGGUCGGCAUGGCCGUGGUGGCCAUGUGCUUCCAGCUGCUACAGGACGAGCUGGCCGCCAUGUCGCGCAACUGCCGGUGGUGCUGCUGCUGGUGGUGGUGGUGGUCGUCGUCGUCGUCGUCAUCGUCGUCGUCGCAGCAGCAGCAGCAUCACCAGCAAAAGGAAAUGGUCGUGUGCACUGUCGCCGGUAUGGAUGAUGACGGCGGCGGUGGAAUGGGAGGCGGUGUAAGUCCUCCGCCACCACCGCCGUUGUCCGCGUCGUCACACCACCGUGGCGGACGGCUGCAGCACCACAGCCGCAACGACAGCACGGCUGUGGGCUCCUGACACGGGGAUUACGGGCCGCAGCC